ACACUCUUCUAGCAAAACUGUCAUAAUUUCCUCAAAAAACAAAUGUAAAUAAAAACAAAAAUAAGACAAAAAUCUAGAAAAAAAAAACAUGCAAAUUCCUAGUGUAACCGCUGGACUAUUUCAUAAGCGUCUGCUGUCUUUACAACGGUGGUAUGCGGGCGGGGCGCGGGCAGUUGGGGCUGCGGGGGUCGCGGGGGGAGUCCCCUGCCCCCCUCGCCGCUACAGCGCCAAGGCCUCCACCUCCCCCGGCAUGAAGGUAGCCAUUUGUGGGGCCGCUGGAUGUACCGGUCAGCCCCUAGCGCUACUCCUGAAGCAGUCCCCGCUGCUGGACGAGGUGGCCUUGUACGACGUGCGGCCGACGUGCGGCGCCGGCACCGAGCUCAACCACGUGGACACGCGCUGCCGCGUCACCUCGUACUCGUGCCCGCAGCAUAUUGCGUGCGCUUUGGAGGAUGCGAAGGUGGUGGUGAUCGUGGCACGCGACUGCGACGACUCGUUUGAGAGCAACGCACCUGUCAUGACGGAGCUCGCCGUGCAGAUUUGCAACCACUGCCCUGAUGCGUUCACAAUAGUCGGCACGGAGCCGGUAGAGUCGCUGGUGCCGCUAGUGGCGGAGCUCCGCCGGCUGCGCGGUGGCGGCGGCGCGCGGCGGCUGUUGGGCUGCGUGGAGCUGCACGCUGUCCGGGCCAACACCGCGCUGGCAGACUUCCUUAAUGUGCCGCCUGAACAGGUGCGCGUGCCGGUGAUUGGCGGAGCGACGCCGCAGACCAUGGUGCCCGUGCUGUCUUCCGCACUGCACCCCAACAACCUCACGCAGGAGCAGGUGGAGUGCCUGACGUCGUGCAUAAUGUCGGGCAACGAGACGGUGCGCGAGGCGAAGGGGCGUCCCACGGGCACGGCGUGCCUGGCCGGCGCCUACGCGCUGGCGCGGACCACGCUCAACGUCGUGAAGGGCCUGCAGGGCAAGGGCACUACACAGGUGGGGUACGUCGACAGUUGCGGCACCUGCGCUCCCGAUUGCCAGUUCUUUGCCACUGAAGUGGACUUGGGCCCGUCGGGUAUAGAGAAGGUGCACGGCAUCCCCGAGCUGACCAAGUUCGAGAACUGCCUGCUGUGCUCCAGCCUGCCGCUCAUCCGCAACGAGAUCGCGCGCGCCGUGUGGCUGGUGUACUCGAUGUGUAACCAGCCCAUGGCCGCGGCUCCCGGCCCGUGCGCCGGAGCUGCAGCCGCGCCGCCCAACUGGAACAGUGGGCACCCCGACGAGUACCUCGCUACGAUUUGCCGCGAAAUGACGUCCCGCUACAGCGAGGCACCUAUACAGUGGCUGCCUCGCGAGGCAGGCUGCGGCGCGGCGGCGAGCCUCGCGCACCAGAUGCCGGGCCGCAGCGCCGCCUGCCCCGCCUCCUGCGCGCCCCCUAGUGUGCGGUAUGCGGACCAGCAACGACGGAGGCCCAAACCUCCGUGUACCACAUGCUAAAUUAUUGUUGUUCUACUAAUAUUUAUACAGGCUGUUUAGAAUUUUGUACGUUUUGACGACUUCUUCACCGUUCAAUGAAUCUUUUGUGAUUUUUAGCCUAUGAAUAGUUUUGUAUUUUUAUACCAAUAAAUGAAACCAGACUGAAAAAUUCAAA